AUGAGCAGCUACCAUGUUUCCCCAUUCACCACGGCGGUGGUGUCCUCGAUGCGCCGCCUCUACCCCGAGGCACUGGCAGACAAAUCCUUCGACAAUACCGGCUUGCUACUAGAAGCGCCCUUCAUCCCCUCGCGGCCGCGCAACCGCAACUCUGUCCUGCUGACCGUCGACCUCACUCGCGCAGUGGCAGAGGAAGCUAUCGAGAACAAACACUCCAUCGUGGUUGCGUACCAUCCCAUCAUCUUCCGUCCUCUCAAGUACAUCACCACAGGCGAUACGCAACAACUAUCCAUGACCUUGCUGCUUGCGCACGGGAUCAGCGUGUAUUGCCCACACACCGCGGUUGACACGGUUCCCGACGGCAUGGCCGACUGGCUCUGCGACAUUGUGACGGGCAAGCUCGAGGACCCCGAACCCGAAGCCUACGCCGCGGCGCCUCUGCCUUCUGAAACCGAAGUCACCACAUCAGAGAGCGGGCCCGAGGCACCCUCCAAGGCCUCGACGAGACCGACCUCCCCUUCUGCCGCGGAACAUGACAAUGAUGCCAUGACCGACCCGUUCACCACACCAAAGGCGAAGAUGAGGCUGGAGAGGCCGAAUCAUGUACACAGGACGUAUUCGAAGCCCGGUCUGCCGCUUCCGACGGACGAGUUUCACACCAACGUGAUUUCGCAUGCGAGACACGUAAUAACGCCUUCUCGGCGGAUGGCAAUCGACGCAGCGAACCAAUUCACUGGCUCUGAGAACUACAAUGUCUCGAAUACCGGCGCUGGGCGGUUGAUCGAGUUCUCCACACCGCAGCCUUUGACCCUCUUAAUUACGAGGAUAGCACAUGCGAUUGGACUGCCCAAGGGCUUUGCCGUGGCGAUCCCGCAAGGUCAAAACCUAGGGGAGAUCAACAUCUCCAGUGUUGCGACGUGUCCAGGUAGCGGAGGCGGUGUCGUCAGAGGCACUCACGCCGAUCUGAUCUUCACGGGGGAACUGAGUCAUCAUGAGGCGCUUGCCGUGAUUGAGCGGGGCGGAUGUGUCAUCACGCUUUUCCACUCGAAUUCAGAAAGAGGUUAUUUGUGGGGUGUCAUGAGAGACAAGUUAGCGAGAGAGGUCAAGAGUGAGUGGGCCAAGGUGAGGAGUGAAGGGAGUGGGAAGAGGGGUUCGAGCGAGGAAAUACAGCAGAUGUUGAAGGACGAGAGUGUCGAAGUUGUGGUUAGUGAGAGGGAUAGAGAUCCCUAUGGAAUUGUGGUGCUGGACGACACAGCGGUUGAAGGACAGAAGAUCAAUGGAGGUGGCACCUGA